AUGAGUCGUCUUUGGAAAAUCGGCUCAAUUUUUUCUCGUCUAUCAGGUAUGAUUGAAGGUGGACAUUUAAAAUCAACAGAUAUACCUAUUUGGUAUUCAAUAUAUAAACGUUUUCCACCAAUACGUGAACCACGUUAUUUAUCAUUAACUGAAGGUGAUAUACCAAAAGCAUACGAACCACCUAAAUUAUUAUAUGAUGAAGAUAUAAUAAGACAUGCUUAUUAUGAAGAUGUUGAAGAUGGAGAAAUAAUUAAAUUAAAAAAUAAUAAUAGAAAAUCUCGGUCACAAGUAUUUAUUGAUGAAUAUUUUAAAUUAAAAUCUAAACAAAAAAAUCCUAUAUCACAUUCAAAAUUGUUUCGAUUAACAUUAGAACAUUUACAACAACAUGGACAUCCAAUUAUAUUUAAACUAGAUACUUAUGUGCUUAUACUUCGAAUAUUUACAUUUUUAGGUGCUGAACAAAAAUAUCCAGAAAUCGGACCACAAUCUGAUGAAACAAUCGGAUCAAUUGAUAAUAACAAUCAACAAAUGCAAUCAAAUGUUCAAAACACAACAGAUUCAAUAGUUAAUUUAGAUCAAUUAGAAACUGAAUGGGAACUUAAUAAUAAAGAAGGUUAUUUCCCGUUAGGUAAAAACACCCAUCAAUAUCGUCGUCUUCAACCUCAUCGUACUCAAACAUCAUUUGGUGAAGAAACUUUUAGCGAUUCGAAUGUUACUUAUCGUCGUACAGAUGGUUUUGUUCAUUCAACUGUACGUGGUGAUGAAGUUAAACAAAAAGAAAAUCCAUAUAUGCCAGGUGAAAAUGUUCAACCAUUAGUACCGCCAACAUUUAUUCAACAAAAUAUGCUUCGACAUGGAAAAGUACAUAAUGUAUUUACACAUGAACAAUAUGAAAAAGAUCCAUUUUUACGUUUACAAGAUCGAGUACAAAAUUUAGAAUAUUGGAGACAACCACCCAUACAUAACAAAGUUUUUAAAAGAAAAUUUAAAGCAAAGAAAUUUCUUGUUGAUAUACCAGGAAUUUAUGAUAAAAAGUAG